AAAAAAGACGCGUUUUAAAAUAGCUGGUAUAUGGUUUUUAUUUAAUUAAUUGCAAAAAUUAAAAUAAAAGUGAAGAGAGGAGAGAGAGGGAGUGAGAGAGAGGGGAAGGUUAGAACUUGAGAUGAGAAUAGCUGGUCAGCACUCACCUCCGAUGUUUCCCAGCAACACCAUCCCAAAAUAACAACAAUCCAAAACAGCCCCUAAUUAACAAAAAUAUAAUUUUGGAAGAAACCCAUUUUUUCAAAAUCAUUAUAGCUGUAAAGAUUAUUCCAAUCUCAAAGCCUUUUGUUGAUUUUGACUCAAAAUCAAAUCUUCAUAAGCACCUUGUUCUUCUCCCACCUUGUGUUUAAUUCGUUCACACUCCCGUCGUUUCAAGUUUUUCAACUGAGCGAAUUGAUGAGAAACCAAUUGGGUGUGGGAAAGUCUGUGAAAAAGUCUUGAGGGGAUUUGUGAUUGUUUCAUGGGCAACACAUGCCGUGGAUCUUUCAGGGGGAAAUAUUUUCAGGGCUACAGCCAGCCCGAAGACCAAUCUGCUUCCAUUUCCAAGCCCAACACCUCUUCUGACCAUUCGACUUCUGACCACUCCCCAUCCAGCUUGAAAUCUCAGCACAACGUUCCCCAAGAAUUCUCCAAAGUCAGCCCCAAAACCAAAAACAACCAUAACAAUAGUAAUCCACCCAUCAUUAGUCCCAGGAAAGACAACACCAUGAGGAGAUGCAUUGAUAACCAAAGCUAUUAUGUGUUGGGUCAUAAGACUGCCAACAUUCGUGAUCUUUACACGUUGGGUCAUAAGUUAGGACAGGGACAAUUUGGGACUACUUAUUUAUGCACCGAGAUUGCUACGGGCAAUCAGUAUGCAUGCAAGUCUAUCUCCAAGAGGAAGUUGAUCUCAAAGGAGGAUGUGGACGAUGUGAGGAGGGAGAUUCAGAUAAUGCACCAUUUGGCUGGUCACAAGAAUAUUGUGACAAUCAAGGGUGCCUACGAGGAUUCACUGUACGUUCAUAUUGUGAUGGAGCUUUGUGCUGGCGGUGAGUUGUUUGACCGCAUCAUCCAGAGGGGACAUUACAGUGAGAGGAGGGCAGCUGAGUUGACAAGGAUUAUUGUUGGGGUUGUUGAAGCUUGCCAUUCACUUGGUGUCAUGCAUAGAGAUCUAAAGCCCGAGAACUUCUUGUUAGUUAACAAGGACGAUGACUUCUCUCUCAAAGCCAUUGAUUUUGGACUCUCAGUUUUCUUCAAACCAGGUCAAGUUUUCACUGAUGUGGUUGGAAGCCCAUAUUAUGUUGCUCCGGAGGUACUCCUCAAGCAUUAUGGACCAGAAGCAGAUGUGUGGACUGCAGGCGUUAUUCUGUAUAUUUUGCUAAGUGGUGUGCCACCAUUUUGGGCAGAAACUCAGCAGGGGAUAUUUGAUGCGGUCUUGAAGGGAUAUAUUGACUUCGAGUCAGAGCCAUGGCCCUUAAUAUCUGACAGCGCAAAAGACCUAAUCCGGAAAAUGCUCUGUUCUCAGCCUUCGGAUCGCUUGACUGCUCAUGAAGUGCUAUGUCACCCUUGGAUUUGUGAAAAUGGGGUUGCUCCUGAUAGAGCACUAGAUCCAGCUGUACUUUCUCGUCUCAAACAGUUUUCUGCUAUGAACAAGUUAAAGAAGAUGGCUUUACGGGUAAUAGCUGAAAGCCUUUCUGAGGAGGAGAUUGCUGGGCUGAGAGAGAUGUUCAAGGCAAUGGAUACUGAUAAUAGUGGUGCUAUCACAUUUGAUGAACUCAAAGCUGGCUUGCGAAGAUACGGCUCUACCAUGAAGGAUACAGAGAUACGUGAUCUUAUGGAUGCAGCUGAUGUUGACAACAGUGGGACUAUUGAUUAUGGGGAAUUCAUAGCUGCUACAGUUCAUCUUAACAAACUAGAACGUGAAGAACACUUGGUUGCAGCCUUUCGAUACUUUGAUAAGGAUGGAAGUGGUUAUAUUACAGUUGAUGAGCUCCAGCAAGCUUGUGCAGAACAUCACAUGACUGACGUUCUUCUUGAAGAUAUUAUAAGAGAAGUUGAUCAAGAUAAUGAUGGAAGAAUUGACUACGGUGAGUUCGUCGCCAUGAUGCAAAAGGGCAAUGUGAAAGGCAAUAUGCCGAUUGGAAGACGGACUAUGAGGAACAGUCUAAAUUUGAGCAUGAGAGAUGCACCAGGAGCUCUUUAGCUUCCAACUAAGCACGUCAGCUUUAUGUAAAGGUUGUACAGCAAAGUCAGAAGAGGAGAUUUGGUGGGAGAAGUUUGAGAAGCAAAUUUUAAUUCCUCAACUCCAGUAGAUUUCAAUAGGCCCCAGAAGAUUUGAGUUGUGGAGAUCCUGUUUUCAUUUUUGUGUAGUGAAGCCUUUAUGUUGCUGUAUGACCACAGAACAUGUUGUAAGCUUUGUUGACUCCAGAGUGGGAAGUGUUACAACUAUUCAAAGAUGCUAAUUUCUUUUUGGGUGUUUUCCUUUAAAA